ACAAUUUCAGACAGGUUUCAACCAUACCUUACUACAUCUUUCACUAUGGCUCUCUUCGGUUCUGCUGCUCCACAACAAAACGCCGUUCAGGCCUCCCAGGCUAGGCAACAAAUCCAAGACCAAAUCGCUCAGGAAUUAGCCGUCGCUAACGCCUCCGAAUUGGUCAACAAGCUCACGGACAACUGUUUCGCCUCUUGUAUUGCCAACCCUGGCCCAUCUUUCUCUGCUCAGGAAGAUACCUGUGUCAACCAGUGUUUGGAAAAGUACAUGAGAUCCUGGAACGUCAUUUCCAGAACCUACGUUGCCAGAAUCCAAAAGGCUAGCUCCUCCGGUGAAUUGAAUUAAGCUCAUCACUUCAUACGGGCAUGCCUCAGAUGUAAAACUGAAGGGAUUAUGCCACUUUUGUAUAUAGCUACCGAUGUAAUUAGAAUUCAAUGAUUUUCGCCUCACAUGGAAGCUAUACUUCGGUAAAACAUAUGCAAAUAAAUUGUACAAGAAUCAGCUCAUGUAUUUCUUAUGUCUGUUUCUAAAAGCAUCAAUUUUGUUCACUCCACGCAAACGUGGAGACAAUAAGUAAAUACAUCCUGGAAUAAAUAAAUGACCAUCUCCAAACUACCCGUAAUUAUGUCGAGUACAUUUAUUCGUCAUCUUCUUCCUCUUCUGGGAUCAAGUUGUGCUUGAUAUCCUUCCACAACUUACCCUUGUUGUGGGCUUCGUACCAGUUAGUACAGGCAACGUCAAAGAAACCCUGGAAGACAAAGGCACCGGCAAAAAUAGAAGCAACAUAGACGGAGUUUCUCUUGAAGAAAGUGUUGUAAAUGGUGGUGAAAGAAGACUGCU